AUGAGCGCGGGCAUGCUGCCCGGGCACCCUAGGCCGUCGAAAGACGCCUCAUCGGUGUCGUCGGUCGGCAAUGCGAACAGAAGGAAGCUGCAAGAGAAAUUGAAGCAGAAGGCGCAGACGCACACGAACUGGGAGUGGGCAUGCAUACAGCCCGACGCGACCAUCUCCACGCACAUGGUCCCGAAGCACAGGCUGGUUCGUUUGCUGGGUCUCUCUUUGCGCGACCUGCGCGUGCUCGAGGCGCAGAGCGCCGCGCGGCAGCUGCCCCCCGUGAUCCUCAGUCGCGGGCAGCGCGUCGUCGUGGGCGUCGAGCACGCGCGGUGCGUCAUCAGCGCCAACAUGCUCCUCGUCGCCCACUGCCGCAGCCCAGAGACGCAGCUGCUCAUCCAGCACGUCGUGAAGAGGGUCACCGAGGGCCUCCAGGACGACGACGACGACGAGCCGUUCGAGCUGCGCUGUCUGGACGCGGUGAUCGAGCACAUCGUCGCCAAGCUGGCAGGGCUGGUAGUUGACGUGGACUCCUCCAUCAGCAAGCAGCUGGAACGGCUGGUCCGGGUCGUCGACUCGGAAGGCCUGGACCACCUCCGCGUGCUCAAGGCGGGCGUCUCGCGGCUGGACGCGCGCAUCUCGGGCUUCUCGGGGGUCAUCGACCACCUGCUCGAGUCCGAGGAGUCCCUGCGGUCCAUGCACCUGUCGUGGGAGGAACGCGCGCGGCACAUGGCUCUGGACGACGAGGACUCGGUCGGGCAGGCGGAAAAAGUCCGAGAUCUCGAGAACUACCCGCAGCAGGAGGACGCCGACGCCGCCGCGGAGCACUCGGUGCCGCCGACCCCCCGCAGCCUGCUUGGGCGCCUGUCCGCGGCGGGGACGGCGCGGCUGUCCGCGGCCGGCACCGCGCUCGAGUCCGCCGCCAGCGCCGCUCCAAGCUCCGCGCCCGCGCAACCCGCUGCGGGGUCGGCGCCGCCGCUCGCCGAGCAGCCUGCCGCAGAGCCGCCGAGCGUCGGCGGUGUGGCAGCCAGUGCGCCCCCGCCCGUGCAGCCGACCGCGGACCCGCUGGCGCCGGUCGACGAGAACGCGCCCGUGGACGUGCUGUCGCCGGAGGAGAUCGACGCGAUCGCGGCGUCACGGCGCGGCAUCGACGACGCUACGCCCGCGCCCGGCGAGUCGGGCGCCGCGGGGCGCGAAACGGACGCGUCCGGCGAUGGCCUGCCCUCGUUGAGCAGCCAGGCCGAAGCCGGCCGCGGGGUCGACGCCACGCCGCCGCCCGUCGAGCUCCCGCCGCCCUCGGGCGAGUUGCUAGAUGCCCUGCCCGACAACAGCGGGACGCUGCAGCAGCGGCUGACGAUGCACACGCUCGCGAACGCGAUCAAGGCGUUCCAGCCUACGCUGCGGAGCCUGAGCUCGGCGGGCCGGAGCAGCCAGGAGGGCGGCGGGGGUCCGGAGCAGUCGCGGUGGCAAGCAGGGCUGGCGUCGCUGGCGGAGGCGAGCGAGCGCGGGCAGAGCAUGGCGUCGGACGCGGCGGGGGGCGCGGACGAGCUGCGGAAGCAGGCGCUCGCGGCGGACGAGCUGGACUCGGUUUCGAUGCGGAGCGGCGGAGUCGAGGACAUCAUGAAGGAGCUAGUCGAGGAAGUGAGUCUGGUGCUGGAACCGCACUCCAUAUCUCUCGGCGGCGCAGCCCUGCGGCUCACGCAGGUCCAGGAGCGCCUCACGCACGCCGAGGACUUCCUGAGCGUCGAGCUGGACCGGCAGCGCAACGCUCUCAUGAAGCUCGAGGUCUUCGUGUCCAGCGCGACGUUCUCGCUCGCCAUCGUCGGCAGCGUCGGCGCGGUGUUCGGGAUGAACCUCACGAACCGCGUCGAGGCCUCCUACACGGCGUUCUGGGUCGUGACGAUGGUGAGCAUCCUCGUGGCGGCGGCCUGCUUCAUGAUGAUCGUCGCCUACUGUCGCCUGCGACGAAUCAUGUUCUACUGA